AUGAGGGGAGUAUUGCUAGGCUUGCUUUUACUCUCUGUCUUCAUGGCUAUCUCUGAAGUAAAAAGUGAAGAGAGAUUUGUUAAGCUUUGUGGAAGAGAUUUUGUAAGAGCUGUUGUUUUCAUUUGUGGAGGAUCUCGCUGGAGAAGACAUCUUGCUAACAAUGCAGAAGGCUUCUUUGGUGAAAAAAGCCACCCACACAUUUCACUUGAUGUAAGUGCUUCAGCCACUGAAAAUAAUAUCCAGAAGCCAGAAUCCCAAAGUGAAGAAUUCAUCCAGGCCUUGUCUCAGUCCAAAGGAAAUGUGUGGAGCAAGCAGCAAAGGUCUAUACUUAAGAGGAGUGAGGAAGUCACACAACUCACAAACUCUUGCUGCAGUAGUGGCUGUCAUGAAAGCAGUAUACGUUCACUGUGCUAA